UCAGCUACAGUCAGUUCAGUCAGCUCCUCCCCCACUGCUGUAAACUCACAAGCUCACACACAUUCGCAGAUAUAUGCAUUGGAGUAUCCCUGGAUCCGUCUAAAGUCAGUUGGUUGAGGAGGACAACAAAUCUUUGAGAUUAAGAUGGCUGACUCCAGCAGCAGCAAGCCCUUUGUGGUAACUUCCUCUGUGUCCCUCAAAGUCACCGCCCCUUCAUUCUACAACCAACCAAAAAGGUUUGCGUCAGUCGCACCUCCACGGCCCAAGGUACAGACCAUAAGCACAGGCGUAAUUGGGCGAGUUGGAGAGAUGCCCCCACCCCCUUCAACAGUUUGUGAGGACUUCCCACCCCCUCCGCCUCCUCCGCUGGAUUAUGCAGAGCUCCCAGCCCCCCCUCUGGAGUGCCAUAUCACACCCCCUGCAUCUGAUGUUCCUCCUCCUUCAUUCCCAGCCCCGCCCCCCGUUGCAGAAGACCUGCCCCUCCCUGCACCUCCCGAGGAGUUCACCUCCGUACCCUCUGCCCCCUUCCCGCCCCCUCCUCCUCCUCCUCCUCCUCUUCCUGAGACUGGUGCAGGUGGUAACUCUCAGAGGCUGCUGGAGAAACAGACAAGUUUUGACAGGCAGCUGGGCUCUUUGUCUGAUAUGCUAUCAGAGAUGGAGACUAGUGGACCUUUUAAACCAAAGUUGCCUAGCCAAUUUUCAUCAGUACCAGCAUCAAAGCCGGCAGCACCACCACCAACUGCCCCCAAGCCCGCCCUUUCCUUUCUGCCCCCUCCUGAACUACAGGAUAGGCCUCCCCCUGCCCCCUGGGCUGAGGAGCUGCGUGCCCGAACAACUUUCCGACCGGCAAAUCAGAGCCAAACCUCUGCCCCCGCCCCUACACAGUCAUUGGCUAAAGGCCCAUCUGUUGCUCCGAAAACCAACUUUACUCCCAGUCAGCCAAAUUCUAAUUUUGGCUCUAAAACAGUGAGUGCCGCGCCCUCAGGGGUCGCAAGAGGGUUUAAUCAUGCCAUUAAACCCCCUGCCCAAAGCUCAUUUCCACCACCACCUGCUGCUCCUCCUGCCCCUGUUGCUCCUCCAGCAAGUGUUCCUGCCCCUGCACCUGCUUUUAAUCACUCUGUAACAUCACCUAUUGGCAGCCAGCAAAAUGUUGCCCCGCCUCCUCCAGCUGCACCUCAGUUCAAGACAUCACCUGUGUCAUCAUUCAAUAGACCAACAGGAAACACUGGCUCUACAAAGCUGUCUGGUUCAGGCUCUGGGCCUGGUGGAGCUCCUCUCACCAUGAGGGAAGUAGAAGAGCUGGAGAAAAUGACAAAGGAUUUCAUCAAAGACAUGGACAAACAUCCUCCUGUGAGCACCUCUCCAGCUACAGAGGUGUGUGGUAAAUGUGGAGAGGCUUUGUCCAGAUCUCAGCCCGCAGUCAGAGCGAUGGAUAAACUUUUCCACUCAAAUUGUUUCUGCUGCGUUACCUGCCUACACCCCCUGCAGGGCAUGCAGUUCUACGACCGUGACGGCACACCUGAGUGUGAGGACUGCUACACGAAGUCUCUGUCAGUGUGUUCACGCUGCGGGGAGCGAAUCACAGAUCGUGUCCUGAAGGCGGUGGGCCGAUGUUUCCAUUCCCACUGUUUUUGCUGCACUACAUGUAGCUGCACCCUGGAGGGCGCUCCAUUUAUCACUGACGAUAACAACAACCCCUACUGUGUCAAAGAUUACCAUCGUCGUUUCUCUCCACUUUGCGUAAGCUGCAAUGAGCCAAUUGUUCCCGACCCUGGAAGUGAAGAGACAAUCAGGGUUGUUGCCUUGGAGAAGAACUUUCACCUGAAGUGCUACAGAUGUGAGGAUUGUGCCCGCCCCCUGUCCAUAGAGGCAGACGCUGAUGGCUGCUACCCAUUGGAUGGUAGAAUUCUGUGCAUGAAGUGCCACUCCCAACGAGCCAAGCAGGCAAAGCCGUGAUUGGUGGAAACCUACCACAAACCUAACCCAAAUUUAAGACACAAAAAUUGUCUCAGUUUUGAUCAUGUAUUUGCCACAUAUCUUUUGUGUUUUAUAUUCCUCAUUCUUUUUUGGCUUCCUAUUUUCUUGCCUUCCUUAAUGUCUGUUUAGCUGACAAAGCUCUGCUGCCUUUCCUUUUCUGAAUGGCCUUAUUCAGAGCCAAGGCCAUACGUACCCUCCAAACACCUCUCUCUUUGCUGAUCGGGCUUGAUAUGUGUGAGCAUAAUAGUAGUGCCUCCGUCUUUACUUCUUAUUGGCUGAAUGUUGAGCCAAUGACACAAUUUAAGCCCUAGAUUGUUUGAUAUAUAAUGUGGAGUGGUGGAGAAGGGAUGGGAGUUUAGGGUGGAAUUGAUUCGUUGUUUGGACCUAACUGUGACUGAGUCAGUGCAGAAGCACUGUACUGCACUUCAGUCUCAAUUCAGCGAGCCAUAUGACUCCCAGCAUGCCUUUAAUAAAACUCAAAACAUCCAUAAAUUGUAUCACAGUUGACUACUGAGGGGACACAUAAAGUCUGUAUAUCCACAGCAAUGCAUGCACUUUCAAUAGGGCUUCUCCCAAACAGACUUUUUAGCUUUUAGAAAGGCUUGGUAUGAUGUGUUUCUAGAGUCAGAACAUAGAUGUAAAAAAAGCAAAAACUAUGGGAGGAAAAGGGGGGAACAGUGCUAUUUGUUAUGCAUGCUUCAUUUAUUGAACUGCUUGCUUAUAAUAUUUAAAAAAAGCAAAAAAUUCCUUUGACCUAAAAGAUAUUGAACAAAAUAUGAUGAGACAAUGAUGAGUUUUUGCAUUGAUUAUCACAGCCAGUAUCAAUUGAAGAAUAUUUUCCAUAACUGUUUUCCAUUGUUUGAGAACAUAACACAUUUUGCCAGAGGUAUUUAGUGAUUGCACAACUGCAUUAAAAGUAUUUCCAAUUUACAUGGACAUACUGUAAUAAGUCUAUGACAAGACAUUGUAGUUACAGCUUUAAAGAAAAUAGUUAUAGAUAGAUUAGUGAUUAAAAUAGUAUUAUCUGCACAAAGGCUUAAAGGGUAUCCUUAAUUAGAGCCGCCUUGUUGUAUGCAACAGAAUUAAUUUGACAUCUUAAAGCUGAAAAGAUAAAAAAAAAUUAUAAAUGUUUGGUGAAAAAAAAAAGCCAAUAGUUUUACUGUGGAUACAACUGAUUCAGCAUGAUACAAAAUAAACAUAGUUUUAAAUAGUCAGCAUUCCCUGUAGUUCGUUCAAACACUUCUAACUGAUUUUAGUUUCUUGAUCAGUUCUUAUGUUAAACUUUAAGAAAAGAACGUUCUGUAGUGUAUCCUCAAAAAAGGUCUUAUUUUAGUCAUACUAACACCACUGUUGUUCAGUGUGGCUUUAAGGGAGCUUGGAUAUAAUUUUGAGAAUAACAUUAACCUGUUUGCAUAACUCAAAAACAUUAGGUUUGUCCGUCUUUGUAUCUCCAGGUGUGUCUUCCUCUCUGGCCUUGUCCUUGGCUCUCCAGUCCAAGAAAUUUUAGUAUUUGACGUAGCCGAAUAAAAAGUAAUGUCUCCUUUCAUAAAAAGAAACAAAGGAAUGACCAAAUCUAACCCAUUGUGCAUGAUUUGUUGAUAUGUUGUUAUUGUCAUGUUAUAACAGUGUUUUCAUACAUCAUGUUUCAGUAAGAAGUGAUUGAUCAUUUGAACACUUCUAAUUUAGCCUCUCAUGUAUUUACUGUUAUAUAAGUGCUUUAUAAACUGAACAUCUAAAUUCCUCUCUAAUAUGUGAAUGUGUGUAUGUUUACGGUCAGAAGUAUGCCAACAUAUUAUUUUUGCUUUUAUUGUUUUUCUCCCACAUUUGUACUGUAUUCUAAACUAAUAAAAUAGCUCAA